AUGAGGUCUAAAUUCAAGGAUGAGCACCCUUUUGACAAGCGCAAGGCUGAAGCAGAACGGAUUCGUCAGAAGUAUCCAGAUCGAAUUCCUGUUAUCUGCGAGAAGGCAGACAAGACCGACAUUCCCACUAUCGACAAGAAGAAGUACCUCGUCCCAUCAGACCUUACGGUCGGUCAAUUCGUGUAUGUAAUUCGGAAGCGUAUCAAGCUGGCGCCAGAGAAGGCGAUCUUCAUCUUUGUCGAUGAGGUAUUGCCACCAACGGCGGCAUUGAUGAGUGCAAUCUAUGAAGAGCAUAAAGAUGAGGACGGUUUCUUGUACGUCAGCUACUCUGGGGAGAAUACCUUCGGCUCGCGGCUGGCUCCCUGUAUGGCGGAUGUCUUGCGAUUAGGCCUUAUUGAGGACCAUCUGACGCGUGAUGAUAUUCUCCUCGACCUCCUAACUCAUGACGUUGCAAUCGCUGUUUUUCCACCCUUCUCUGCUCAACUACCAUUGCAUCGUGGCCUGCAUCUCACCGGCUAA